UUAAAUAGCAGAUUUCUGUUUGAAGUUUGGCGUGCAGUUGUCUCCGUACAGAGGCUGGACCAAUCGGGUAGCCCCGCUGAGCACCGUGCCUGGAGCCUGCACUGAGGGGACUGGGACACACAUUCUGCCCCUCAAGUGUGCUGGUAAAAUGCAAGACGUGUAAUGAGUAUUGGAAUGAUUUCACAUACCGUUAAUGCUGACCUAUGCAUAUGGGCAGCUUGGUGCCACAGACGGCGGCAGGAAGCACCGAUGGAUUUGAGGUCAACUUGAAAACAUAACGCCACCAGUGUGGGAUGGACCAUGUAUGCUAGGUGGAGAUGAGAAUGAAACCCACCCGCAACCUCUUCCUGGGCCUGUGCUCCAUGCUGGCCCUGGGAUUCCUCUACUACUCGUCUGGGAGGAUCAGUUUGAAAGGCUGGGGCCACAAUUCAUUGUAUGACAAACAAGGGUUCCUUCUGAAGCUGGAUGGCAGCCUGCCGUUGGAGCUGAUGUACAAGUACGGCAAUCUCAGUGAGGGAGCCUGUAAGCCUGGCUAUGCAGCUGCUAAGAUGACAGCCAUCUAUCCAAGGUUCAACAAACUGGCGCCAAUGUUCAUUGAUCCAAAUUACAAACGAUUCUACAAGAUUGGUGAUUACCCGCCUCCAUUUGGUGUGAGGUCCCAAGAAAAUCUCAUAGAUAUUCUUCUGUCAGCCACUCAGAACUACGGCCUUGGGGAGGAUCUUGACAGUUUGGACUGUAAGACUUGCAUCAUCGUAGGGAAUGGAGGAAUCCUCGCCAACAAGUCUCUGGGACAGAGGAUUGAUGAGUUCGAUGUGGUGGUCAGGUUAAACGAGGCUCCAGUGAAAGGCUUUGAGAAAGAUGUGGGCUCCAAGACCACCAUGAGGAUCACCUACCCAGAGGGGGCCAUCCAGAAGGCAGAGCGCUACGAGCCUGAGUCCCUGUUCGUCCUCUCUGCCUUUAAAGCUCUGGACUUCAAGUGGCUGCGACACAUGAUCUUCAGCCAGAAGCUGCUCAGCACUGAUGGGUUCUGGAAGUCGGUGGCCAAGAGCGUUCCAAGGGAGCCCAGCGACAUGCGCAUCCUGAACCCCUACUUCAUCCAGGAGGCCUCCUUCAAGCUGAUUGGCUUACCUCACAACCGCGGACAGAUGGGCCGAGGGAAUAUACCAACCCUGGGGGCAGUUGCCAUAACGAUGGCCCUUCACAACUGUGAUGAGGUAGCCGUGGCUGGAUUUGGCUACAACAUGAGCACCCCCCACGCCCCUCUGCAUUACUAUGAGAAGAUCAGGAUGUCAGCUAUCAAAGAGUCCUGGACUCACAACAUAUCGAAAGAGAAGGAGUUCCUGCUGAAGCUGGUGAAGGCUGGAGUCAUCCAGGACAGGACCAACGGGAUCUGUGGAGCAGGAUGCUGAUGCUCUCCACGGCAAGACUUGUGAAUGCAGCGCACCUCUACCUGCUCUGUAACCUGAAGAGAGAAGGCUCUCAGCAGAGAGCAGCAGCUGUCACACUGUGGUCAGUGCAGAGAGACCAUAACACACUGUCCUGCUGCUGUAUUGAAAUAUUUCAAGCAAUAUGCCUCUGUUUCAAGCUCCUCUUAGCCGCAGGUUAGUGCAUAUUUACUGGAAUGUGGUGCCCCGGCUCAGGUAUAUCUUCCGUUUGGGGAUCAGCACCUAGAUCUGCUGCAGGCUGAGGAUAGGAUGAAGAGAUUUUGGGUUCAAAACAUUGAGCAUGUGCCAAGUAUAACUCUACAAGUGUCCUUCUGCUCACAGAUCUGAAUGUAAGUUGCAUUAAACAUAUAGUCGCAUAUUUAUCUUCCAGUUUCCGUCGACUCAACCGUCCUGGACCAUGUGUCAGAGCGACGUGGCAAUCAUUUAAUUGAGUCGCUCAGAUUUAGCAUGAGGCUAAUAAGCUGCCUUUUUUCACGAACAUCACAUUCCCUCCACAGGCGCUGAAGAGUUACGUGAUGUUUGUUCUUUAGCAACAUACUACAAUCCCUACAGACUCAGCCUGACAUUAAGCUUCCAUUUCUGAAGAGGGAAAUUCACUUGUGAAUGUAAACAAAGGGCAAUCGAACUACGCUAAUAUUUAUAAUAUGAUGCUUAUCAUGUGUUACUGAUUUAACCUUUUAAACACUAUCAAAGUGUGUAAUCAGCUGUUAUAUUGUGUUUUCGUUCCUUAUAUAAAUAAUGGCUACUCUAACAGAGAUAUAAACAUAAUCUAUAGGCGCUUUCACACCGCAGUACUUUUCCCACUUUAGUUCCGAUAUAGUUCCGAAAUGUUGCGUUCACACCAAAAAAAUCCGGAACUAAAAUGAGUUCAUGAGAACGUUUUUACCCCCUUUUCCGUCCCUGCUAGAGAGCAGGGACUUUCGUGGGAUAAAAAGUUUCCUAUUUCUGAUUGGCUGGGCGGAAUGCAAACCACGCCCCGUAAAACUCCAAAAAAGUUUUGUGAAGCCGCCAUUUUAUUAUCCUCGCAUUAGCAUUAUUAGCAUUAGCAUUAGCCCAGCGCACAAACGCAGAGAGACUAACUUAUGGCAACACAAAAGAAAACAUGGGAGCGGUGGAGAUGAGGUGUCGGCGUUCUGGUGAUUUACUCGGAAGGCUUCAGUAGAAGCUGCUGGGUCUACUUCGGGUGGCAGUAUACGCCGUGAAGUUGUUUGCGGCCUGCCAGUAAACCCAAAGCAGAAGAAGAAGUGACGUCAGCGGUUUAAUUUGCCUUAUCCUCCCCCAGGGAUUUAUUCCGGUGUGAACGCGAUCUGUACAGAGUUCUCAUGAACUAAGUUCUGAUGAACCUUUGUGGGAAAAGUACUGCGGUGUGAAAGCGCCUAUUCAGACACCAAAUGUAUUGAAGCUGUUUUGAAAAAUGAAAAAAAAUGAUUCACUAUUCCAUGUCCCCAUAGUGUUGCAUAAUAGGGUGGAAUAUUGUAUAACUUGGAGUUAGUUUCUUCAUUCCAGAAAAGUGUCCCUAGAUCACUAUUGAAGCAGAUCAUAGCAAAUUGGUGCUAAAUGUUUUGGGAACCCGUUUAUCUUUUGGCUCUCUGCAGUCCUCUCGGCCUUCAAACUGUAUCCAAUCCAGUUUUUGGAGAAGGACAUUCAAAACAUAUCUUUUUCUUUCUAUCCAUAAUCACAAUUUAGCUGCAAAGAGUGCCUUCUGCAGCAACAUUCACUUAAAUACUAUAUUUAGGAAAAUCGGACAACUUCAGAUGCACCAAACAUUUCCUAAACGUCAAAAUAAUAAUAAUCUCCAUUUGAUUAUAUGACAUGUUCAGUGUUUUUUAUGUUCCUCUAAAACAUAUUGUCCUGCAUUGGUCUAACAAAACUGAGCAGUGAAAACCAAAUGUAUUUUUAAUAUCUUAUUUUGAGUGGAAAAUACUUCCUCUAACCUAACAUUCAUGAAUCAACCUUUACAUCUUAUGUAAACCAUAAACAAGUUGGUGAAACAACUUGAAACAAUAUAGAAUAUGUGUCAGCAGGAGAACAAGAGCCUACAAUACUGCAGCCCUUUACUUGUUCCAUUUUAGACCUUUUUGAUAAGAAUUGAUUAUUGUUAUUGGGUGAAAGAAAUGUGUCUUUUUAUGGACUAGUUGACUGCUUUUUGGAAGAGGUUGAUGACUCGUGAAAUGCAGCAGUCGUGAAAGCCAGACAAGUUAGUACAAAAAGUUCUCGAAGAUCUCCAAUGUGUUCUAUUUGGUGAUAAGCCAUAAUUGUAGAUGUGUGAUCCAAACUGUCUGUAUGACUAUUGAUUUUUCAUAUGAAUGUUUUUACAGACACCUAGUGCAAAUGAAAGGCCAUUCUAUAGCGAGCUAUAGGCCCCAUCACCGUUUAACUCAUUUGGCUAAAGAUAAUGAUAUCGAUUUCAAUGGAAAUAUUCCAGGUUGUAACUUUUAAAUUAAACAGUACAGGCUCUGUUUUUUUCCUACAUAUUUUUACAACUGAAAUGACGAAACAGGUUAUGAUCAAAAUCAAACGUUUAAUGGGGAAGGAAAUGUGUUUAACAUGCUUGUUAGUACUCGAGGGUAAACAUUGUGUUUUUUAUGAGGAAAAAUACAUUUAAACUUACAUUUUGUUUGUUUUAAAGAAUCCACAGGGUAUCCUCAAUUUGUUAAGUGUCCAACUUUUGAGUGGAAUCAUUUGCUGCUGUUAUGUGAAAAAAGGUUGAUUAAACACUGAUUAACAUUGAUAGACAGGGGGGGGUCAUGGUGAUGCUGGAUGUGAAAUCGAUGACCCUUUCUCCUUCUAUUAAGAUGUUGUUUAUUGCCCUCACUCACUUCACUCUCAGGCCCAGCAUCAGUCACCAUCAGUGUCACUGUCAUCAACUAUAUCAAUGAUCAAUCUCUCUCAAUGUAUUCACUGAGAUCUACUGUAUUGUGCUGUCUGUAUGUUGGUGUUGCUUUAUUCACUCUGGCCUGCAUACUCACCUAAGGCUGUUAUAUGGACGUUAUGCUGGUCAGAGGCUCAAGCCAAAGUAUUCAUAUAUUUCUUGAAAGCUGUGCAUAAAAAUCACAAAAUCACGUUAAAGAAUAAAGAUAUAAGUAUGCUGUA